AUGGCAAAAGCUAUACCGAAAAAGGGUUCACGUGGACGUAUUAGUUCGCGUAAGAGUAUACGUAAAAUACCAAAGGGGGUUAUUCGUAUUCAAGCAAGUUUCAAUAAUACCAUUGUGACUGUUACAGAUGUACGAGGGCGAGUGGUUUCUUGGUCCUCUGCCGGUACUUGUGGCUUCCAAGGUACAAGAAGAGGGACACCGUUUGCUGCUCAAACCGCAGCAGCAAAUGCUAUUCGUGCAGUAGUAGAUCAAGGUAUGCAACAAGCAGAAGUCAUGAUUAAAGGUCCCAGUCUUGGAAGAGACGCAGCAUUACGAGCUAUUCGCAGAAAUGGUCAAGCAGACACAAUAGGCAUUGCGAUGCGAAGAGCUUUGCUUGGAGAAAUCGAAGGAACAUGUAUCACACGCGCAAAAUCUGAGAAAAUCUCACACGAAUAUGCUACCAUAAUGGGUAUUCAAGAAUCAGUACAUGAAAUUUUAAUGAAUUUGAAAGAAAUCGUAUUGAGAAGUAAUCUCUAUGGAACUUGUGAGGCGUCUAUUUGUGUCAGGGGCCCUGGAUAUGUAACUGCUCAAGAUAUCAUCUUACCGCCUUAUGUAGAAAUCGUCGAUAAUACACAACAUAUAGCUAGCUUGACGGAACCCAUUGAGUUGGUUAUUGGAUUACAAAUAGAGAAGAAUCGUGGAUAA